UUAUUUGCCGCGUCAGUCAUUAUUAAUAUCUAGCGAUUAAAAUCAAAAGUGGGCAAUAAUGCGCUAUUACUUUGUGUUAACUAUUUUCAGCUGUGUAUUUGCUUACGAAAAAGACUUAACUUUCUCUGUCCAAGCUGGGAAAACGGACUGCUUUUAUCACAAAGUAUUGCCGAACGAAGUAAUAGACUUGGAGUAUCAGGUCAUUGAUGCAACUCAUGGGGAGCUGGACAUAUCAUUCCAACUAGCCGAUCCAGUGGGGAGAAUCAUCGUAGCAGACUACAAGAAAUCUGAGAAUGCUCACCGACACACGGCCGCAUUAAACGGAGACUACAGAUUCUGCUUUGACAACACAUUCAGUACAUUUAGUCAAAAGACUGUAUUUUUCGAUCUGAUGAUAGACACAGAGGAGAAUCAGGAUAAAGAAUAUGAUGAAGACAAGGAGAUGGAGUUUGGAGCUAACUCAGCAGAGAGCUACAUGAUGCGAAUGCGUGAUAUAUCAGAGUCGGUGUCAAGAGUGAGAGAUAAUGUGUCUACAGCCCGAAGGUUACAGGAACUGCACUCUGCCCACGAGGCUAGGGACAGGAAUAGAGCAGAGGAGAUGUGUGCCAAAGUGAUGACGUGGUCGAUGGUGCAAAUUGUGCUGAUGAUGACCGUCGGAGCAACUCAAGUAUUCUUUUUGAAAAGCUUAUUCGAGGAUCGGGGCUCUAGCAGCUACAAGAAGUUAAUACCUGGUCUUGGGUCCCAGUGAUGACGUCAUCACCAGUGCACAGGGUGUUUGAACUGUGUGAAACCAAUACUCAUAUACAGGGUGUUACAAUAGCAAAUGAAACUAUAAUAAUGUCCUUUAGUGAAAGUGUAAACUAUUUAUAAUUUUGUAGCUCUUACGGGCGUACUCGGAGACGUCAAUUAAAUUU